AUGUUAUCCCAAGACACAAGCAAUAAAGUUAAAUCAACCAUUGAAGUUGAGGAUGAAGAUAAAUCAAAUAAAAUGAACGUUGAUGUCAAUCCUGAAGAUGAUAUUAAUGAUUUUAUUGAAAAGUUUUUAGACAUUUCUGAUAACGCAAGAAAUAACGACAAACAAGAAAAGGAGAUGCCAUUGCUUGAAGGAUUGAAAACAUACCCCAAAGCAGCUGCAUGGUCAAUAAUUUUAUCAACUGCCUUAGUUAUGGAAGGUUAUGAUAC